AUGGGAACAGUGUUAAGUGGUGUAACUUUAAACGAAUCAAAUGGUACUAUAGAAACAGCAGAACUAACGCAACUUUUCUACUUUCUGAAGCAAGAAUCGCAUAUUGUUCGCCGCUACUCAACCGCUUUCUCAUAUGCUGUUGAAUAUUACUUAUUGCAUGUUUACAAAAGUGAUAUUAUCUCAUUUUCAUUCUCACAUUAUCACUCAUUACAGGAUGGUUUAGCUGAGAAUACAAAAGAUUUCACUUGGAAUUUCCUUACCAGCUUCUCGUUACUUUCAAUUUAUGCCACCAUAUUUUCAUACGUGCUUAAGAAACAACCAAGAACAGGAAUUGACUGGAUUCGCAGCAAGCCAUAUGUUGCAUGUGCAGGUCUUAUCACAACAUUACUGGCGAUAUGUAGUGGUUUUGGUCUUGCGUUGAUAGUAGGCAUACCUUACAAUGUAAUCAACACAAUUAUACCAUUCCUUAUUAUCGCAGUUGGAGUGGAUGACAUGUUUGUAAUGAAUGCUUGUUGGAAUCAAACGAGUCAGACAGAUACUGUAUCAAAAAGAAUGCAUGAUAUGAUGGGUCAUGCUGGGGUUACCAUAUCGAUCACAAAUAUCACCGAUAUAUUAUCGUUUGCUGUUGGUUGUAUUAGCGAACUACCGGGCAUUCAGCUCUUCUGUAGCUAUGCAUGUAUUACAUUCAUCUUUUGUUAUUUGUAUCAAUUCACAUUUUUCAUGGCAUUUUUUGCCAUAAUGGGUGAUGCCGAAAAGAAUCAACGUCAUUGUCUGCUUUUCUAUAAAGUUAGCGAACAAUAUGCAAAAAAAGAAAUUAUUAACUGUACUCGAUUUUGUAAUUCAAGGAAUGGCCACAAAGAUAAUUUGCGAUAUACGUCAGCUAACAGCGGAUCUGAUGCAUCAUAUUGCUCUUGUAUCAGCACUCAGUCAGAUGAUACCUUUUUGAAAACUUCCAUUAAAGCUUUUAAUUUGAUCGCUGUUGCCGAUGACCUAUGCAAGCAAAAAUCAGCAGAAAUGGUUGAUGUUGAUAACAAUUUUAUUACCAAAGGAUUUUGUAUCGCAACGGUACCUCAUUUGAAAACUCAUCCGAUCGGAAAGAAAGAAAAUACGUGUACACAGUAUUUCUUUGGUCAUAUUUAUGCUCAGUUUAUAUUACGUAAAGAAUGUGCUAUUUUAACUUUCAUCUUCUACUGCAUGUAUAUUACUGUUGCUGUGGUCGGAUGUUUAAAUUAUUCGGAAGGAUUGGAACCUGAAAAUUUGGUUACAAACGACCACUAUAGUUCUCAUUAUUUCUCAGAUUUGAAAAAUUUCUGGGUACGAGGUACUCAGCUUCAUGUUGCCGUCCUACAUCCUCCAAAUUUUACUGAUCCUAUUCAGAGAGAAAAAAUGAUGGCUAUAGUACGAGCAUUUGAAAAUACGGAAUAUACAUUAGGUAGAGAUGGGACAAUUUUUUUCUUUCUCGAAUAUUUAAAUUAUCUUGAUGAAGUAAACGCCGAACUGGAAAAUACGGAACGAAUUUGGAAUACAAAAUUGCUAAGUUGGUUGAAAUAUACUGGCGGAAGUAAUCAGUGGGCAGCAGAUAUUCACUAUAAUGAGAACGGCACUUUUCAAGCAUUUCGGUUUCAGAUAGCAAUGCAGAACACUGUGGGUGUAAACCAACACAAAAAUGCCGCCCAGAAAUUGCGUGAAAUAGCUGAUCGGCAGCCAUUUAAAAUCGAAGUAUUUCAUGAAACGUUUCCAUUUGCUGACCAAUACAUUAUUAUUGUCCCAGCGACGGUUCGAAGUAUCAUUAUAUCACUAAUUUGUAUGGCUACAGUUGCUGUCACAUUAAUACCUAGUUUGCCUUCCUGUGCUCUAAUAAUCGUUUCCAUAAUAUCAAUUAAUGCGGGUAUAUUUGGCUAUAUGACAUUUUGGGGUGUUAAUUUGGAUGCUGUAUCAAUGAUUUCCAUCAUUAUGAGUAUUGGUUUCGCUGUUGAUUUAUCAUCUCAUAUUACAUAUGCAUUUGUUACGGCAACUGGCUCAUCAAAAGAACGUGUUAUUCAUGCGCUGGAAUCACUCGGAUGGCCUAUUUUUCAGGGUGCAGCAUCAACAAUCACUGGAGUAACAGUACUCUAUACGGUCAACGCAUACAUCAUUUUAACAUUUUUCAAGACAAUUUGGCUUACAAUGGUCAUUGGAUUAUUACAUGGACUACUGUUUAUCCCAAUUACUCUUACUUUUUUUCCUUUGUCGUCACCUUUCUCAUUUACUAAUAAGUCAUAG